AAAAUUGAUUUUUACCUGCUUGUCAUUUGCACCUGGCAAAAUCGAUUUUAUUGAGAAAAAGAAGAACCCGUUGGGAAAUCAAAACCCUUUUUAACUUCCUUGGAAAAUCGAUGUGUUGUUCGUUUCGAUUCUGUUGCUGACUACUCCUAUUGAAGAAGAAUCCAUUGCGAACCUUUGAAGAACCUGUGGAAGAGAGCUCGCGUUCACUGUUCCGCCGAUCUCUCCCUCCCUCUAUGCUUGCUUGGAUCCUCGAACUUCUGCAUUUUGCUCCUGGAAUACCACUUGUCCUAGUCGGCACCAAACUAAUCCAUCUCCCUGAAGACACUAUAGCAUAGGUUUAGCUCAGCAAGGCUUGACAACAUUCUCUUCUCAGUGCAAAGACGUCCGAAGAUUAUUUCUUUUACACUUGGAUAGCCAGGGGCCUAACAUGUUAGCAGCUGCCCAAAUUCGCCCAGCCUUUUACUUCUGUAAUAGAGAUAGCUCAAUCAAAUUAAGCUGUCCAGCAAAUAUAUUAUCAUGGAGAUCCUGUCAGUUAGCUGGAAAAGUUGAUUUUGCUAGGGGUUCCAAGAGUCACAAGUUUUUUGUUCCCAUUCAACAUAGCAGAUUAUUCUUGGCUUUUGACUCGAGUGAUGGUCACCCAUGUUUCACAGUGUCCGAAGAUGAUAAAAUCAAAAAAUCUUUGCCAAAUGAUGAACCAGAGACAUUCUUGAGUAAAUGGUCUCCACCCAGGUACUUGUGGAGGGGCUUGUCUGUCCUUAUAUUGGCAGGGCAGGUGAUUGUUAGGACUUUGAAGGGAAAAGUUCACUGGAAAAAUACACUGCAACAGCUAGAGAGGGUUGGUCCAAAAUCUGUUGGUGUCUGUCUCUUGACAUCGGCAUUUGUGGGCAUGGCUUUCACUAUCCAGUUUGUGAGGGAGUUCACCAGAUUAGGGCUAAAUAGAUCUGUUGGUGGGGUUUUAGCUCUUGCCUUCUCAAGGGAGCUGAGUCCCGUUAUUACAGCAAUUGUAGUUGCAGGACGUAUUGGAAGUGCAUUUGCUGCAGAAUUGGGCACAAUGCAGGUUUCUGAGCAAACUGACACAUUGAUAGUUCUUGGUGCGAACCCUGUUGAUUAUCUGGUGACACCAAGAGUGAUUGCUUCUUGUGUUGCUUUACCCUUUUUAACUCUAAUAUGUUUUACAGUAGGCAUGGCAUCUAGUGCUCUUCUCUCUGAUGCUGUUUAUGGAAUUAGCAUAAACAUUAUUUUGGAUUCUGCUCAAAGAGCUUUAAGAUCAUGGGAUAUAAUCAGUGCAAUGAUCAAAUCACAGGUUUUUGGUGCAAUAAUAUCUGUCGUGAGCUGUGCGUGGGGGGUAACCACAUUGGGAGGUGCCAAAGGGGUUGGAGAAUCCACUACUUCUGCUGUGGUUAUCUCACUUGUUGGCAUUUUUAUUGCUGAUUUUGCUCUAUCUUGUUGCUUCUUUCAGGGAGCUGGCGAUUCACUGAAGAAUUGUAUGUGAACUUUUCAUUUUUAGAUUCUUUUGUAGUUUAUUAUGUUGCCUUACACUUUUGUGGAAUGUACUAGUGAAACGUGAAAUCUACAAAUGAAUUUGAAAUGGACUGUCUCCUUAGGUUGUGUUCUUUUGUUACUUGACCAAGCUUCAGUGAGAUUGUUGCAUCCAUCAUCAUGGCUU